GCGAUCGAUGACAAAACAUGGUUCCAGUUGUGGCGCGCACUAACCGAAACCACUUACGUUCCGGCUGGAUGAAUUUUUGGUCGUGAUUUACAUUGCGCGCCAUUCCCGGGACGGACAAAAUUAGAAGUGAACUGCGCACCCUGUCGGGAAGAUAUCGUUUUCAUCAUCUGGAGCACUUCUCUCCACGCAGCUUCCUUCGGCUGUGACCUUCGAUUCAUCCUACCAGAUCGAAGGUAGUAUCCAUCCCCAAACUGUGAUUUCACGUUUCACUGAUUCGGAACACACUCGUCUAACGCCGAUGAUGGUGGUAUCGUUGGUGCACACUUGCGACCAAUCCACCAGUCCACUGGCGCUCUCCAACGGGAAUCCAACGGUUUUGUCGUAACACGUCCUAAAGCGAGAUUAUUGAUUGGCGACGUUUAAUUCAUUUGUUCCGUUCGAAAGCAUCGGCCAUCGACGGUGUAUCGGAUACUGCUGCAUCGAUCGAUAGCAGAGAGAAGCACAUCUAACAAUGCCCGAAAAAGUGUGGAAUCUUAGCGAUUCGGAUGAAAAUGAGAAGGAGGUGCGGUACGAUCUGGACCGGUCGAAUGAAGAGGAAAGUUGGUGGAACCAAAAGUCACUUACAACGCUGGAUCUAAGCUCCAACACGCUCACCACGAUCAGCGAAAACAUACAGAAUCUGGCCGAUCUUACCGUGCUUAAUCUUCAAAAUAAUGCAUUAACAAGCCUACCGAACGGCAUCGGGGCGUUAAUCAAGCUAACGAAGCUCAGCGUCAGCCGCAACAAGCUGACCGAGCUGCCGGAAAGCUUCUUCCAGCUGAAGGAGCUGCAACAUCUGAACCUUUCGCACAAUGAGUUUCCCGAGAUGAAUCCGAACAUAAGCGAUCUGAUAAUGCUUGAAACAUUGGAUGUUUCCUUUAACAGCAUUAACGGUUUGCCGGGUGGCGUUGGGUUCCUAGUAAGGAUGCAACAAUUAGCGCUGAAUAAUAAUCAUCUAACGGAACUUCCGAACGAUAUCGUCAAUUUACGCAAACUCCAAAAGCUCGAUCUUGCCAAGAACGAUCUGAAGAAGCUGCCCCCCGUAAUGGGGGAACUGCGCCGACUGGAAUGUCUGUACGUGCAGCAUAACGACAUCGACGAGUUGCCCGAUUUUACCGGCUGCGAGGCACUGAAAGAGUUGCACAUAUCGAACAAUUUCAUCAAAACAUUGCCGGCAGAUUUUUGCGAAAAUCUCCCCCAGCUGAAAGUGCUCGAUUUGCGUGACAACAAGAUCGAACGAUUGCCGGACGAGAUUGCGCUGCUCGCCAGCUUGACGCGAUUAGAUCUAUCGAACAACACGAUCAGCAGUUUGCCGUCGUGUCUGUCCACGUUGGCUCAUCUCGUUAGCCUGCAGGUGGAAGGGAAUCCAAUCCGUUCGAUACGACGCGACGUAAUCCAGUGCGGUACGCAGCGCAUUCUGAAAACGUUGCGCGAGAGGGAUGGAACGAAAAGCAAGGUGGAAGCGAAACCGGGAACGACCGUGGUAAAAAAUAGCCUGUUCUCGGAGGGUAGCACUUUUCCGGAUGUGUACCAGAUGCGGAAGGGCCGUGCGUUGAUCGUAUGCUCGAAAGGAUUGAUCGACAUUCCGGAGGCGGUGUUUAUGGAUGCGCUCGAAGCUUGCGUGUACAAUGUGGAUAUAAGCAAGAACAAGCUAACAUCCGUACCGUCUGGCAUUACGCAUUUAUCGACUCUGCUAACUGAGCUGAACGUUAGCUUCAACUUACUUCAGACCGUACCGGCCUUCUUUUCGCAAUUCGAAAAGAUCAGCUAUCUCAACUUGUCGAACAACCAGAUGCCCGAUUUGCCGGAAGUGGUUGGACUGCUUGUGACGUUGCGCGAGCUUAACGUCGUCAGCAACCAGCUUAAGCGCAUACCGGACUGCGUGUACGAGCUGAGAGGGUUGGAAAUCUUUCUUGCCAAUGGUAAUCAAAUCGAGGAAAUAGACGCGUCCGAGAACGGGCUCGGAGCGCUCAAGCGGUUAGCUACACUGGAUUUGGCCAACAACAACAUCAAGCACGUACCUCCGAUUUUGGGCACAUUGAAAAACAUCACCACGCUGGAACUGAUCGGGAACAGUUUCCGCCAGCCACGGCAUCAGAUUUUGGAAAAGGGAACGGAAUCGGUCAUGUCCUACCUCAGGGAUCGUAUCCCGCAGUGAGGAUAUUACCGAAAACAGGAGCACAAAUAGUUUGGUUUUACAUGCGCUAGGCGCCAUACUUUGCGACAUUAUUCUUGCAGCUUUUUUGCAAUACUACUAGCAGUGCUUACACCGUUGCACGCAUUUGCAGGCCAUACUCGGGAGAUACAAUAUAAGAUUGUGUAACGAAUACCAAAUCAAUUGAAUAAAAUUACUUAUUUUACACUAC